AUGCUGAAGCUUUCACAGAAUAAGCUGCAGGGCCAGUUAUUUCCCAAAAAAUGGAACCUCACAUCGCUCUUGUUUUUGUAUCUAGAUAAUAAUUUCUUUUCAGGACAGUUGUUACCUGGACUUCUUACAAGCUCCUACUUGAAGGUAUUGAAUCUAAGCGAUAACUCGAUCUCGGGAAAACUACCUGAUUGGAUAGGGGACUUUUCUUCCCUUUCGUUCCUUGUUGCGUCCAGGAACUUGUUCAAAGGUCCUAUACCAGUGGGCUUUUGCAGACUUGUUGAACUGACAGUAUUAGACCUUUCAUGGAAUAGUCUUUCUGAUAAAAUACCUCCUUGUUUCAAUUUAUCGUCACUAAGAUACUUAAGCCUUCACAAAAAUGAACUGUCAGGACCUUUGCCACGAGCUCUUUAUAGAUCAUCUUCCCUUGUGACACUGGAUAUCGGGGAUAAUAAACUAUCAGGGGAAAUUCCAAAGUGGAUCAACCUACUCCCAAAUUUGAGAUUUCUUUUAUUAAAGGGAAACAAUUUUGUAGGUUCCAUUCCUUUUCAGUUAUGUCAGCUUCACAACAUCAGCAUACUGGAUCUUUCUUUCAAUAGCAUUUCUGGUCUAAUACCUUCAUGUUUGAAUGAUAUACCAUUUGGUCAUAGAAAAGCACAUAAUCAAACCUUUGAAAAUGUGAUAUUUGAUUGGAGCGCUUCCAUAUCCUUCUACUACAGAUAUCGAGGCAUACAUCGUUUAGACCAACAUGUUGAUGAUCUAUUUAACUCACCACAUGUGGUUGAAAUAGAAUUUAUCUCAAAGAGUAGGCCUAAUUCAUACAAAGGAAGCAACGUGGAUUUGAUGGCGGGGAUCGAUUUUUCUAGGAAUAGAUUGACAGGUCCAAUUCCUUCUGAAAUUGGAUUCCUAAGUGAUAUUCAUGCUUUAAAUUUAUCACAUAAUCAAUUAAAUGGAUCCAUUCCAAGGACAUUUUCCAACAUGAAGCAAAUAGAAAGCUUGGACUUAUCCAACAACAAGUUGAGUGGUGGAAUUCCCCCGGAUUUGGUUCAGUUAAACUUUCUAUCAAUGUUCUUAGUGGCGAACAACAAUUUAUCAGGACAUGCACCAGAUAGGAAGGCUCAGUUUGCAACAUUUGAUGCUAGCAGCUAUGAGGGCAAUCCUUUUCUUUGUGGAUUACCUCUCCAGGAAAAUUGCAGAAGGAGCACAAGUGCAGUAUCAGAUCCGAAUCUAGGAGAUCCAGGAGAAACUGAUGAUCUGUUCAAAGAUUCAUUUUUGGAGACUUUUGUUCCAUCAUACGUUGUGGCAUUCCUAGGAGUUGUUGCUUUUAUCUACUUCAACUUCACUUGCAGGAUGAUUUUUCUGUUUAUUGAAGCAAAACUUUCAUCUUCCAGAUAG